AUGUCAGGCAUCGAGGUCGCUGGUUCCGUUCUGAGUGUUAUCUCAGUACUGGCCAUUACACUGGAAAAGUCCAAGAAGAUUUUUGGUAGCAGUUCCACGUCAAAAGGAAGACAUCUCAGGACCAUGGAGAGGAAAGUUCAAAUCGAGCAGACUUAUUAUCAAAAUAUAGUUGAGUCAUUUCUGAGCAAAGUAGUUGACCUUGACCAAGCGACAGUAAUGCUUGAGACCUCUGACCAUAACAUGUGGAGCGACGUGACAUUAGAUGCUGGUAUCCAGGAUUUCUUUGGACCAGAUGCCGACCACUUCUACGCAUUAUGCCUUGCUCUCAACAAGAGGCUGACCGAUUUCCAACGUGAGCUUAAUCAGAUAUCUGCGAAUCACAGUGGACGAAGCAAACUCCUGAGGUUUAGCAUAAAUCCGAAGAAUCUUGAGCAGCAAUUACGAGACAUUCAAGGAAUUCGUGAACAGUGUUACGACCCAACAGAUGAUUACGUAGACCCCACUAUUAUUCGCCAAUCAUGGCAUCAACCACCCACACUAGCUUGGUCAGACCGAGACUCCAUUCUGACAUUCACACUCUUAUCUACACAAAGCACUGUCGAAACGACAUCCCCACACAGUUGGCGCAAAGCCGCGUUCGCGUUGUGCUCUGUGGCGAGAUCGUUAUAUCAAGACCGUUCGAUAAGAGAGGCGCUAGAUGAAUCGCAGGACUCCCAAAGAGUUCGAUUUAUGCCUUCCAAGGACUACCCACCGACUCCGAUUAACGAGGCAGGCCCUGAAGUGAUUUGGACAAGCACCCCAGAAGAGUUCGGUCACCAUUUCACUGAAACCAGUCGCGAAGCUAUUGUCUGCUACAGAUGUCCACCACCGCUUGAUAGCAUCAUCAGUGUCCAGUUUCGUAUCUCCGAGACAAGACAGAACGUUAGUCUUCCAGAAUUGCUCAAGAUCAAACCAGGAAUGUCAAAAUUUGCCAGAAUCGCCCUUGUUGUUGAGCUCGCUCGAGCUGUCUUUCAAUUCUAUAAAACUGGUUUCUUGCCCAGGGACUUGAAAUCGAGUAGUUUCGCAUUCAUCAGCGACUCUCAAAAAAUUGUCCUGGGCGACUUGAUCCUGUAUGCGGAAGCACCAACCUUUGGAGACGCCGAUAGGUACUACACGAGGGAAAGAAAUGCUGAGAGAUUGUACGGAACCAGUUUCAACCGCGUUUCCAUAAUGCUGGGAAUCAUUCUCGUUGAGGUUUUGCUUGCGCAGGAGAUCUUUCCUGACGAUGAAGAAACCGAUGUUGCAUUGCUUGAAGCACGUCAGAGCGCUCUCGAUCUGAUUGGUACUAUUGCUGUCGAAUGGGGUCAAGUUUGCUCUGAUGCAGUCAGGCAAUGCCUGCUUGGCGUUUGGUCUAUAUCUGACGAAGAACUUGAACAGGCUAUCGAGACUAUUCCCUGGCUGGAUGAAAAACUCUCAAGUGAAGCUCGUGGUCUCGACGAGGUGUUACAGCAACUCGACCAGCUGUCCCAGUCGGUGGUACCAGAAAGUCCCAUUUCAAAAAGAAUUGAGGCCUUGAUUCAAGACUGUCUACGUGGGAUCAUGACUAUACCCCAGAUCUAUAAGCUUGAGGUCGAGGGGCAUAAAGUUUUGAGCCACCAAGGGCUCGAUGAGUUGCAGAUUCAACUCCGUGUGGGCACACUGGAAUUGCUUGAUAUUCUUGCGGGUCUAAAAGUUCCAAGCUCACCAACUCUGACCGCAGGUCAUCCUGCUUCCGAUGUGGAUUCGAUCUUCGACGGGGCCUUCACCUUAAGUUCCCGAACAUCAGUGUCGGGAGGUAAUGAUCUUGAUCUCCAAUAUGUGGACUCAACAGGUCUGGCCAAAGAAAUAAUUCGGAACUUGAGUUCUAUUCUGCGUCCAAAGCCACUUGCUGUGAGCCGACUCGUGGUCAGCGAUGAGGAACUUUCGUCAAACCUGCACCAAAUUCUGGAGGACUAUUGUGCCGAAAUCCAGAGCACGCAUCGACUAGACGCCCCCUUCCCCCAACCAUCGCAGAGUCCCUUUUAUCUUAAGGCUCACUCUAUGGUUCUAAAAGAGAUGGGAUUUAUUAUCCAGCAAUUAAUCCUCAUCAGCCAAGGCGAAACCGAUCCUGCAAUAACUUCGCUUCCUUUCGAUAGCAUGGCAAGAGCUGAAGAUACAGAAGUAGAAGUUGUUCCAGCUUUUGUUGUUCUAGACUUUCUGGUGGGUGGAAUGGCCUUUGGGCGACUAAGAUUGCGCAUGCGUAGGCUGGUAGAGCAAGAUACUAUGCAAAUCAUCAGUGAUGAGGUGCUACGGAGCCUACCACUUGCAACUCCCGGGUUAUACUGCGCCAUAUUCCAUAUUCGCUGGGAUCUUUAUGAUUUCCUCGAGAACGAACUUGACGGGUUGGUAGAUAUCAGUCAGGUUCUACUUCUGACUGGGGGAGGCUUGAAUGCUUAUGCUUCGCGCUGCGCUGAUUAUCUCAAAUGGCUGUGGGAAGACUCGAAGUAUGACAUUUGUAGCCACAUUCAAGACUAUCUUGAAGAAAAUACUUAUGAACAUCCUGACGCAACACUCAUGAUCGACCAACAUAAGGAAGGUCAACCCGGCAUUACAGUGACGGUCGUUGGUGCAAGAGAAACCAUAACUGCAGUUGCACAGCAGCUUUCAUGGCUUACCGCCGCCUUUCGCUCUUCUCCUAGCGGCCCAGCCUUGUCAGACGUUGACUUCAUUGCCACCGAGGGCAUGCAAUUCUUCAUCCAGCCGGGAGCUAUUACAAAUAUUUCGAAAACAAAUACCGGGAAUGACACUUGCUGGUAUAGACUUGUUGAAAAUGCCGUUAUUGCCCAUGGAUUUCCCAUUCCGCUUAGAUCUGACCAAGUUGGACUCGAACUACCUUUUACCGUGUUGCUAAAGCUCAGCCGGGCGUCGUCUUUCCUAGUUGCAAAUCAACGUCUUGCAUUCUAUGGAUUUUCGACUUUUCUAUUCCCAACGAAACAAUGUUCCGAUCCUGAUGACACCCAUGGGCAAUCCAGGAAGUCGAUUCAAUGGCACUUUGAGACGAGCGAUGAACACUGCCAAUAUCUCGACUGCGCUAAUUAUCUCGGUGCGUCGAGAUCUACAUGGUCUAACACCAUAGAUCAGCGCAAUCUCGUAACAGCUCGGCACUUUGUAGGAUUCUGCAGAGUUGCGGAAAUACGCUUAGCCACGUCCAACUCCAACUUUACAGCACUCCAGGAAUCACCCCUCCCCGAAGCCUCUACUGCGGUAGGAGCAAGGAUAGAGAAUGUGACACUGGGCACCGGUGGUCUGGGUUUUGCCACUGCUGAGUUUGAGAGUAGUAUCAAAUAUGCCCACAGCAUAAUUAGUCCAGUAGGCCCAGAUGAGUAUAUGGGUACCUUGGACACAAUAAAGAGAAUGUCUAUGAUUCUGUGGGAUAGUGGGGAUCAAUGUGGAUGGUUAGUGCCAGCGCAAGCGCUCUUACUUCACAUGGCUCAUGUGUGGGUUCAAGCGCAUGGGAUAGCAGACACUAUCCGGUUCGCAAAAGAAGACAACUCGUACCUUGAUGACGUUGAUGACAUUCUCAGAAGAGAUCGGAAAAGGGUUCUUCGGGCUGAGGGCAGAGACGAUGACACCGAUUUCGAGCUAAGACACUUGAUCAUGCGAUUGUGGAAUGAUAUCAGGGGUUGCAUGUUGGCGCAACAGAGCGCGAUCCGGGAUGAUCAAGGUGUAAUUGGGUAUCAAUCUAGUGCGAUAUCAGGAUGGGAACUGCACGACUUCAUCACCCGGCCUCCACUCGAGUUCUCCAUGAAGCAAGACAAGCGCGGUCCUUCUGACGACAGUUGGAAGGCUCUAGCGGCGGAGAAGAACAUACCUGUUUUGUUCUGUCAAGGUGCAGGCGACAUCAUCAGAACAGCAGCUUCACACAAUCUAUGCACUAAUUGCAGAUUACCGGUGAGGCAAGAAUGCCAUCUGGUGGCUAGCCUCGCAUGCUUGGGAUACAUGGCGCAAAGGUACGGGGGGUUCCGGACAUGGACGAAACUGACGACAGAGUGGGGGUGGCACCCUACCAAUGAAGUGACCUUGUUUCGAGAACAAUGUCAAGAUCCUGUGGGAAGCACUUGUUGCGAUCGACUGCAGAGGCUGAUUUUUGUUAAAGAUGGGCAGCAGGGUACAAACCUUGCUCUUCCUGCCACUGGUGCUGUUGUCUUUAGUAAACGGGCUUCGGAGGCAACAGGUUUGUCUGUUACUGCGGUAGGGCAGCUACUAUCUGGCCCAGCUCUCGCUACUACACCCACUAUUGCUUUGGGUAAAAGGGGGAAGUUAAAGAAAUGGUGGAGUGAAAUGGGAAACAAAAAGUAG